UUCCUUGAAAGUGUACUAGUAAUUCAUGCAGACAGAUCGCGUGCGUUAAUUAUCGCGUAAAAAGAGGAAAGUUGGGCGCGCAAAGUUUUGGAGACGGUCGAUAUGGCUAUGGUGGCGUGGAGAAACACCGAGGGCGUCGGGGACACCCAGGGGACCCUCUCUUCCCCGGUGUCCCAGGUCGCACCUCUGUCUCUGCCCGGGGAGCUGACGGGACACAUGAACCCGGCGCCCACUCUGGAAAUACCCGCGGCGGCAGCAGCACCCCAGGGCGCACCGCCGCCCAACCCGUCCAGCACCGCCGCCGCCUCCAACAACAACAACAACACCACCACCUCUUCCUCCUCCUCCUCCUCCUCCAUGGACAAACAGCAGAGCCAGCAGAUCGAGUGCAUCGUGUGCGGGGAUAAAUCCAGCGGGAAGCACUACGGACAGUUCACAUGUGAGGGAUGUAAGAGCUUCUUUAAACGCAGCGUCAGGAGGAACCUCACGUACACCUGCAGGGCCAACAGGAACUGUCCCGUAGACCAGCACCACCGCAACCAGUGCCAGUACUGUCGCCUCAAGAAAUGCCUCAAAGUCGGCAUGAGGAGGGAAGCUGUCCAGAGAGGCAGACUUCCCACCCAGUCUUACCACGGCCAGUUCGCCCUGACGAACGGAGACCCUCUGCAGUGUCACUCCUACCUGUCGGGCUACAUCUCUCUCCUGCUGCGGGCCGAGCCCUACCCGACCUCCAGGUUCGGCUCUCAGUGCCUGCAGAGCAACAACAUCAUGGGCAUCGAGAACAUCUGCGAGCUAGCGGCCCGGAUGCUGUUCAGCGCCGUGGAGUGGGCCCGCAACAUCCCCUUCUUCCCGGACCUGCAGGUGACGGACCAGGUGGCCCUGCUCCGCCUCACCUGGAGCGAACUGUUCGUCCUGAACGCCGCACAGUGCUCCAUGCCCGUCCACGUCGCCCCACUGCUGGCCGCCGCCGGCCUCCACGCCUCCCCGAUGUCCGCGGACCGGGUGGUGGCCUUCAUGGACCACAUCCGGGUCUUUCAGGAGCAGGUGGAGAAGCUCAAGGUGCUACACGUGGAUUCGGCAGAGUACAGCUGCAUCAAGGCCAUCGUGCUGUUCACCACAGAUGCUUGUGGUCUGUCGGACGUGGCCCACGUGGAGGGUCUUCAGGAGAAAUCCCAGUGUGCUUUAGAAGAGUACGUGAGGAGCCAGUAUCCCAACCAGCCUAACAGGUUUGGGAAGCUGCUUCUCCGCUUGCCUUCCCUCCGCACCGUCUCUUCUUCUGUCAUAGAGCAGCUUUUCUUCGUCCGUCUGGUGGGGAAAACCCCCAUAGAAACUCUGAUAAGGGACAUGCUGCUGUCUGGAAGCAGCUUCAACUGGCCCUACAUGCCUAUUCAAUAGAGGAAAAAAGCUACAGUGGUGCUAUUAAGGUCAGGAAAAGGUCCCACACCUCAAACCAAGUCAUUCCAGUGCGCCGUAAAAUCUCUGUUGCUUUGAACAAGGGAAAAAAACUGCCAGUGGAAAUUAGAUAAUUACAGGCUUUUCCAAUGUAAAAGAAUGACCUCAAUUCACAUGUAUUCUUAUACCAACCGCCAUUUUCUUGAUAGCCUACCAGAGGAGAGAUCUGCCUUAUUCCUCAUUGCGUCCGUGUUUAUCUAGAAAGGUCCCUGAAAUAAUUCGACCGUUUUGCCGACGUUAAACAAUUUGACCCCAGAAUUUUUUACUUGUUCAAAGAGAAACAAUGUUUUACGAAAUGAGAUGACUGGUUAUGAUGGACAUCUUUUGCAGUGUGGUGACCACUCACAAUCUAUGGUUUUUGGGAUAACAAACAAUAUUUAUUGGACCCUGUGUGUAUAUUUAUCGUGCUUGUAAAUUAUGUUUUUGCUCCUUUUUUAAAUGUUUUACGUAUUUUUGCCCCGGGCCAGUGAGAAAACUGCAGGGAUUGUCUUGUGUCGAUCUGCUAUGUUUUUUUGUUUUUUUUCUUUUUCUUUCAUAUACCUUCCAGACAUGGCACUUUGGACUAAAGAAACAUUUCAGAAAGAUUUAACACAGGUGUUUGAAACCCAUCAUCAUCUGACUUUAACCUAUUUGCUCAAUUGUGUACAGCCAGAACGGUGAGAUUAAUGCUGUUUUAAUUACUUUGGAUUUUUAUUCUAUUUGCAUUAUCAACAUACAAUGAAUGAGAAAAAAACUAAAAUGUUUGGAAAAUGCACUUUUCGUGAUCAGGGUUCGGUUGCGCCAAGAAAUGCGUUACUCCUUUCAUAGAUAAUAUUACGUUCUCAGAUGAAUACGUCUUUCAUAUUUUAGUUAAUACUUGAUGGCAGGUGUAAUUAUGUCCUCUCGCCAUAAAGUUUCUGUUCUACUCUUUUUGACCAAUAUUUUAAAAAAAAAAUCUCUUUUGAACGAUCAAAAAGCUGAGAACAUCUUGUUUAUUUCUCAUCAAAUAAGUACA